GUCUGGAUGAAGUGGAGUCGAUGGAGGGGCUUCUGGAACUGGACGAGACGAUGGACGUGAUGAUCAUCUCGGACGAGAAUGAAAUGGGGCAGGUUCAGGUUUCUAUCCGCCGAAUCCAGUACGAGAAGGCGUGGUCGAAGGUGGAAGAUAUGCAGGCUGAGGACGUGGUAUUCGAGGGUCCGAUCAUCGCUGUCAACCGCGGCGGAGCCAUCGUUCUCGUGGAGGGGCUCCGCGGCUUCUUGCCCGGAUCACACAUGUGCGGUGGGCUCCCGACCGAAGAUGCGGUUGGAAAGGUCAUGAAGUACAAGUUCCUUGAGGCCAUCAAGCCGUACGGAGCUUUCGUGGAGAUCCGUGGCAUGUCUGGGCUGCUGCACAUCUCGCAGAUCUCGUUCGACCGCAUCGAAGACCUCCCGUCCAUCAUGCAGAUGGGCAUGAAGCUCAAGUGCAUGAUCAUCGACCACGACAAGGUGAACGGACGUAUCGCACUCAGCACGAAGACCUUGGAGCCCGAGCCUGGAGACAUGAUCAAGAACCCCCAGAAGGUGUACGACAUGGCCGAGGCGACCGCUGCCAAGUACCACCAGCGAAUGGAGCACGAGCGCAAGGCCCGCGAGGAUGCCGCCAAGAGCAUCGUCAUGGGAUUGGGUGACGGACUCGACUCUUUCGACUCCGACGUUCUGGCGGGCAUCGCUGACGGAAUCGAAUCCGUGCUUCGCGCUCCUAUCGGGGAAGGCGACAACAGCAGCGAGGCAUAAUGAAAGAAGGCGUGUGCAGC